CUGAGACCGGUUUAGUUUUGGCAUAAAGUGUGAUUCUCGAAAACGGAAAAGUGGGAAUAAGAGUUCACUCACACUUUUUGUUCCAUUUUGUACUUUUCACUUUUGAGUCAGGUGUUGUUCACGAUCAUCGUCUUAUCUUAGGAGGAAGCAGUAACUAGAAGUCGGAAUUGAUACUGAAUCUCAACACGGCAAGACCGAGCGAGGAUGAAAAAAUAGUUAUCAGAUCCAGUCAUCCAAUUUGUCGAGUUAUAAAGUAAAAUAUCUGUCACCUAGUGUUAGUAAGAUGAAUACUCCCAAGAUCUCAUUUCUAAAUUAUGCUGCCGAGGAAAGCAUUUUCCGCAACGAUCUCGUCGUCGUUAAAGGAGUCGUGGCUCAAGAGGAAGAGGGGGAAGAAGACGAUACUGUCGAAUCAAACUCUAAUAAGAAUAAUUGGGCCCAAGAUCUAAGAAUUAUUCACAAUUCGACGGAAACAAUUCCAUUUAAAGCUGAAAAUACAGCAUUUAUUUUUGCAACUCGUCUAUCUCCUGGAAUGAAUGAAAUCAAAUUUGUCGGGAGAAACAAUAUCUGUUGGAAAGCGAUGUCGUUAACGUACGAACCUUUGCAGAUGGUCAACCAUGACGAUAGCUACAGCGUUGUCCCACUUCUGAUGCUUUGUCGAGAUGAUAAUCGACCAGAUAAUGUGAUCAGGGACAUCACUCAAAAGAUAGAACUUAUAAUGAAAGUAAUGCAAACGUUCUUUGAGGAAAAACUGUACGAACACGGGUUGCAUAAAAAAUCUUUCAAGCUGAAACGAGUGGAGAUAUUGCAUUCUGAGUUGCAAAUAAAAACAACUAACGAAAUGUCGGCGGAGCAACUGUGGGAACAGCUUGCGUGUCAAAUCAAAAGUUCGAGAGAGCUAUGGAGUCCGCGUCACAAGUUUGUGGCAUUCACCACAGCCCAUUGCAAGUUGAAUCUGCAGACCCAAGGCCAAUCUCCUGAUAAGCUUGCCUGUGGUGGAGGCGGCCUUGCCUUGCUUGGCUUUGAUACAUUUGAAGUAUGGCCCAAAACCUCUUCAUCACUACUCGAUUCUAUUUACGACCCAUUACUUCUUGAUGAUGCGCAACUUUUGGAGACAGGACUGGGAUUGGGUUUAUCGGAACCCCGCACGAGAGGAGGGUUACUUUGCGCGACGUUGGGCGCCCUGGCUCAUGAGCUAGGCCAUAUUUUUGACCUAGGUCAUUCUGAAGCAGGGCUUAUGGGAAAAGACUUCCUGAAAUUUCGACAGUUUUUUUCACCGGUCACCCAAUUAAAGAUAAACUGUUUUGGUUGUUCCAACAUGUCGGUAGGGCGACGAGAUUCCCGAAAGAUUAACAUAAGAAAAAAAAGUGACAUCACUCUGACGCACUCUAGUGCAAUCAUUUUGUUUUACCAUAGAUGGUUUGCCCAUAAUAACGCAGAAUCGGAACACAAAGAGAGCCUAACAUUCUCAAAAAAUCGGGUGACUACGUCCCUUGGUAUCCUUGUGGCAGCAGAAAUUCGUGACCCUUUAACUGGCUUAGUAUACAAGACUUUUGAACUGGGAAACGAAAAUCAAGAACUCAUCUUGUCGAAGAGAGACGUCUUAAUUCAACAUGGCGAAAAGGCUCGGUUAUUUGUUGAAGCAUCUAACGGCGACUCACUCUCCAUGGAAAUAUUCCGUGACAACUUACCGAACUUGUUCACUAAUGUUAAAUAAGUCUGAACCUAGUAUUUUUUUAAUCCGUGAUAAUCCCAAAUUUGUUAUUUACUGUGAUAUGUAAAAUUAUGAUCUCUUGAAUGCCAAAUUCUUCGUUUCGUUACAUUUAACCCAUCUCUUCGCUUACACAUUGUAUCAUAUAUUCAAGUAUGAGCUUCGUUGAAAUUUUUACAUAAUUAAUUAUUUCAUGUGAAAUAAAUCUUUAUUAAGACUGAUUGUUCUAAA